AUGAACAUGUUUUCACGUUGUCCAAUCAGCAAAGGGAAACUACUAAUCCUAAUAUUGAUCAUAUCGUUCGUACUCAAUUCACAAGCCAAAGGUGGCAGUGGCGGCGGAUCACGUGGCGGCGGCAGCUUCGGACGUGGUAGUGGCGGAUCAGGAUCACGUGGACGUGGUAGUGGAGGAAGGGGGGGCAGAUCGACCCCAUUCAUUAUUCCCGCGGGUCACCAUAAGAAUGACUCAAGCACCAUGAACAAACUUGGGGUCACUUUGAACACGUUUAUAUUGUCACUAGGUGACAAUAUCCAUGCGGCAAGGGCGGUGGAGGUGGCGGUGGCCGUGGCGGCGGCGGCUCCCAGGCGGCACUGGCGGUGGCUCCGGACAUCACGGAAGGAACGAGUCAACCAACUGUUCUUUUACAUGGCUAUCCCUUUCAGCGUCCAAUCUCCUUUAUCUCGGAUUCUUCCUGUUGGACUUCUUAAUCUGAGUACAUGUCAUUUGUCCCCGGAACAACCUUCGCCAUCGACAGGUCCCGGUGUGCUUUCUCAUGAUGUUCUCGUCGGUAAACUUGGCGUCAUAGAUCGACUUGCCGUCGUUACCCGCAGUGAAGUCACUGCACUGACAAAUGAAAUUGGGGAUUACACGAUGGAAGGAUGA